AAAAACCUAAUUUUAUCUAUUUGGUUGAAGAUUAAAAAUGGAAAUGAAAAGCCUUAUAUGCCUGUAAACCUGUAAACCCUGUAAAAGAAAACCAAUCCCACGAUUCUCCAAUCUCAAGUGUCUCUACGGCAGUACUUGAAGAAUCUCUUGAUCGAUAGUUGGAGGGGAUACGACAUUGCUUGGCGAAUCUCAAGAUUGAAAUCGAAAUAAGAAAUUGAGUCAGCAGGAUAAAGGGCUUCGUUGAUCAGGACAAAGGGACACAUGGCGGAUGAAUUCUGGGGAGUGUUGUGUUUUUUCCAUGGUGGGACAUUUGUUCCAGGACCACCAAUUCAGUAUAAAGCUGCUCAAUGUACAUCAUUACCCUUUGACAUGGAUAGGUUAAAUGUUGGUGUGAUCAUGGAUACAAUUGUUAGUUUUGGCUAUGAAGAUGUUAUGAUUAAGAAUGUGUAUUACACAACAAUUGGAGGAAGUGUUAUGAAAUUGAAGUGUUUGGCUGGUGAUGACAGUAUUCGGGACAUUUUACGCAUGGUGUGUGCUGAGGGUUGUGUUGAUAUAUAUGUUGAUCAUGAGGUCAAUUUUGCCCAACUUGCUUUUCCACAAUUAUGUUGGGUUGGUAACAAUGUAGUUGAGGAGGGAGGCAGACAUGAAGAAAGGGUAGAUGAAGAGGAAAGUGGACAUGAAGAAAGGCUAGGUGAGGGUACUGAUGGUGAGGUUAGUGGGGGAGUAGAUGAAGGUGACUUGGGUAACAUAACCCAAGAGUACCCUAUUGGCAGUAAGGGUAAUACUGGGAAUACAAUUCAGAAAGGUGAAUGUAGUAAGGGUAAUAGAGGUAAUUGUGGAAGUGGAACAGAGCUUGGGUCAACUGAUGGUUAUGUUGAUGAUUGGAGCUCGACAGAUGAUGAAGUAGAACCUCUUUGUAGUAGUGAUAGAGAUGAUGAGGAGUUAAUUGAUGUAAAGAAAUGUGCAAGGUUUAUUAGGAGACCAACAGAAGGGUUAGAAGUUCCCAGUGGGCUUCAAACACCAAAAGGGGUCAAGUACAAGCAUGUUGCAAAGAAGCCAACCCCUAGAUCUACCCCAAUAAAGAAGCUAGCCACUAGAUCUGCUCCAGUCUCUAGGGGUAAGAAGGUUGCAUCGUCAGAUCCUGCUGAGUUGAGUAGGUUGAGGAAAGAGAAGGCAAAGCUUGCAGAAAAAAGAAUUUAUGCUACACCUUUCUUGAAAUGCAAAGAUAUGAUGAUAUUUGCAUACAAUGAGUUGAGGGUUAGUAUAAAUUAUAAGAAAUGUGUUAAAGCCAAGAAGAUGGUGUUGAAGGAGAUGGAGGGGAGUUUUAAGGAUGAGUAUGCCAUUAUUCAUGCAUUUGGUGGGUAUUUGAAGGAGGUCAAUCCUGGAAACUCAAUUUUCAUUAAAACUGAAGAAAAUGAUGUUGGUGAGAGAGUGUUCAUGAGAAUGUAUGUUUGUUUGAAAGUUAUCAAAGAUGGUUGGAAGAAUGGUUGUAGAGGAAUCUUUGGAGUUGAUGGUUGUUUUCUGAAGGGAAUUUGUAAGGGUGUACUACUGUCUGCUGUUGGUCGUGAUGGAAAUAACCAAAUGUACCCAAUUGCAUAUGCUGUAGUCGAAUCUGAGAACAAUGAUUCAUGGACAUGGUUCAUGCAAAGGCUUGCAUCUGAUUUGGAGCUCGGAACUGGGCAAGGUUAUACAAUGAUAUCUGACAGGCAUCCAGGAAUUAUCUGUGCAAAGGCAGAGGUUUUGCCACUUAUAAAUCACAAAUAUUGUGCGAGACACCUAUACUGCAACCUCGCAAAGAGGCACAGAGGGGAUGAUAUCAAACUGGCCUUUUGGAUAGCUGCAAGGGCAUCAUACCAAAUUGAAUUUCUGGAGAAAAUGGAGGAGUUGAGGGGAGUAUCCGAGGAAGCUUAUGCUGAGAUGAUGGAUCUGCCAGGAAGGUUUUGGUGCAAGGCAUUCUUCGAUGAAGACUGUAAGUGUGAUGUUGUUGAUAACAACAUGUGUGAAACAUUCAAUUCGUGGAUUUUGGCUGCUAGGUGUAAGGCAAUCAUUUCUAUGAUUAGAGCUUUAAUUGACCAGUUGAUGGAGAGAUUCAGGGAAAAAAGAUUGUUUGCAGAGACAUGGCCGAAUGAUAUUUCACCUAGAGUCAUGAAAAAGAUAAAGGAAAAUACCGUGAGGUCAAUGCAGUGCUAUGUUAAGUGGAAUGGGGACCCUUCAUUUGCUAUGUGUGAUACUACUGCUGAUGUGACACAUGUCAUUGAUUUCAUAGCAAAAAAUUGUUCAUGCAGAGAAUGGAAUUUAACUGGAAUCCCCUGCCCUCAUGUCUUGGCAGUUGCUAGGUACAUGAAUUGGAAUUAUGAAGAUUUUGUUCAUGAGCACUAUAAGAAGGAAAAGUACCUGCAAGCUUAUGGGACUACAUUGGAGUGCCUUAGAGGCAAUGAGGUCUUGAAGAGGAGACCAGAAGGAGGUUGUUUACCACCAGUGUUGAGAACACCACCAGGACGACCAAGGAGGAAUAGAAGAAAAGAUAAGCAUGAGCCUAAGAAAGUUAAGGUGGGGAAAUUCACCAGGUUGUCCAAGCAAGGGUCUGUGAUGAGUUGUCGCUUGUGUGGUCAACAGGGACACAAUAAAGCUGGAUGUCCCAGAAAGGAGGAGUUAGUAGGGACCAGUCAAAGCAAUGUUGAUAAAAAGCAUCAAAAGAAAAAGGCCAACCAAAAACCCAAGGUGACUACAGGAAAAGGAAAAGGGAAGAAGGUGCAAGAACAAACUGAAAAAAUUGCCAAAAAAAGGGUGAAUGAUGCUAAAGGCAAGGAACCACUUAAAAGGGAAACAAGGGCCAAAAGAAAGAUUGAUUGUGUUGGAGGAGUAGUCAUCAAUGAAGGCAAAAAUGACUCAAGAAAGAAGACAAAGCAAUCAUCUAUAAAGGGAAAAGAGAAAGCAUGACUCAAUGUCAUUUAUUUUCUUGUUUUGGGGAUGUACUUUGAACUUUUGUAUGUAUAUGUUGGUGGUUUGUAAUCACAUUUGACAAUUGGUUAUUAUGCCUUGUUUUGGGGAUGUACAUGUGGUUAUAAUGCCUUGCUUUAUUAUGUCUUGUCUUGCUUUAUUUCAAUGGCAUUAUAUUCAAUCAAAUUUGCUUGUAUAG